ACUGUGCACCCGCCAUCUUGGGCGCCGCGUUGACCGACGCGUCAGCGUCUGCUACAUCCAUCCGCCGGAACCAAGCUCGCCGGUGAGGUAACUAGAUCGAGAUGGAGCACGCGUCGGUGUUGCUGGAGCAGCUGGCGCCGCCGCAGCCGGACCUGGGGGCGCCGGGCUUCUGGCGGGACUUCCUGGUGGGCAUGCUCAAGCCGCUCGCCGCCACCGCCGCGGUCGCCCUGGCCGUCGCGCUCAGCUUCACGCAGCGCCUGGGGAUCGAGCGCGAGAUGCUCUACGCCAUCGCGCGCUCCUUCGUCCAGUUCUCCGUCGUCGGGUUCGUGCUCCACUUCAUCUUCUCCCAGAAGAACACCGCGCCCUGGAUCCUCCUCGCAUACCUCUUUAUGGUGACGGUCGCCGGCUACACGGCCGGCCAGCGCGCGAAGCAGGUCCCCCGCGGGAAGUACAUCGCCUUCGUGUCCAUCCUGGUCGGCACGAUGAUCACCAUGGCCCUGCUCGUCGCGCUCAGAAUCUUCCCCUUCACCCCAAGGUACAUCAUCCCCGCCGCCGGUAUGAUGGUCGGCAACGCCAUGACCGUCACCGGUGUCGCCAUGAGGAAGUUCAGGGAGGACGUCAAGAUCCAGAAGAACCUGGUAGAGACUGCACUAGCUCUAGGUGCAACACCACGUCAGGCUACACACCAGCAGGUUAAGAGGUCGCUGGGCAUCGCCUUGUCGCCCGCCAUCGACAACGCCAAGACCGGGGGCCUGAUCUCUCUCCCGGGCGCGAUGACGGGCCUCAUCAUGGCAGGCGCGUCGCCGCUGGAGGCUACUCAAGUACAAAUCACUCUCAAGAACAUGCUCAUGGCUGCCUCCACCAUCAGCAGUAUCCUCUCGUCUUACCUCUGCUGGCCGGCUUUCUUCACCAAGUCAUUCCAGCUUAAAGACGAAGUCUUUGAUGACUAGUAUGGUAUAUUUUUUGCAAAUGUAAAAAACUUACCAAAAAAGGGCUAAAUUGCAAAAAAAACAAAAAUACACUAGUAUCUUAACUAGUGCUGAAGUAUAAGUGGACUAUCUGUCUUUUCCCAA